GCGAGGGCGAUCACCCGGCGUCGAAGAAGUAGGAGUCUUAUACACGGAGAAGCUUAUGGUUCUACCAAUAUAAAUCUCAAUUUACCAACACAAUGAAGAUCCUACUUUUCUUUAUUUUAUUAUUGAAAGGUGUGUUUGGUGAUCCAGGUGAAGUGAAGUCUGUGUCGGUGAUGGAGGGUGAAAAUGUCACUCUAAACACUCAUCUUACUGAACUACGAAGAGAUGACCUGAUCGUGUGGACGUUUGGAGCUCAAAAAAGUCGUAUAGCUCAAAUCAACCAAGCAUCUAAUAUUAUCUGCACAGAUGUGCAAUGUGAAGGUGCUGAUGAGGGAUUCAGAGACAGACUGAAGCUGGACAAUCAGACUGGAUCUCUCACCAUCACUGACAUCAGAACAAAACACUCUGGACUUUAUACAAUAAAAAAUUACAGAACAGAGGAUUUAUCCAAGAGUUUUAAAGUGAUGGUCUAUGCUCAUCUACCCAUUCCUGUCAUCAACAGAAACUCUUCUCAAUGUUCAAAAUGUGUGUUGUUGUGUUCAGUGAUGAAUGUGACACAUGUCAGUCUCUCCUGGCACAAAGGAAACAGUUUAUUGUCCAGCACCAGUGAGUCUGAUCUCAACAUCAGACUCUCUCUACCUCUGGAGGUGGAAUAUCAGGAUACAAACACAUACAGAUGUGUCAUCAACAAUCCCAUCACAAACCACACACAACAUCUAGACAUCAAUGAUGUCUGUCAGCCGUGUUCAAAAGCAGGACUGUCUUUAGGUGUUAUUAUAGCAGCCAUAGUCUGUGUUGUGCUGUGUGUGUGUGUUGUUGUUGGAAUUGGUCUUUACUGCUGGAGAACUAGACAAGCAAAAAAGAAGGAUACAACAGACCAUGGUCCUGGGGAAGAAAGUGUUCCACUAAAGGGAACAUGUAUUGAGAAAAAUGGAGUGAAGAAAGUGGAAGUGGAGGAGGGAAGGUCUGUUACUUUAAAUACUGGAGAGACUGAAAUACAAGGAGAUGAAGUUGUAUGGUGGUUUGGAGAAGCAGUUAAUUCCACAAGCUCAUGCGUUGUAAUCACCAAAUUAAAUGCGCAAGGUGAGGAGGAGGAGUGUGAUAAUGUUGAUAAAAGAUUUAAAGACAAACUACAGCUGGACCCUCAGACUGGAGAUCUCACCAUCACAAACAUCAGAACCACAGACUCGGGACUUUAUACACUACAUAUCAGCAGAGAGAAGAUCAAGUUAUUUGUCGUUAUUGUUCAAGAAAAAAGUAAGAUUGUCACUGUGACCGAAGGAAAUUCUGUUACUCUACCAACGGACGUUUUUAAAUUCAAGAGACGUGAUGUGAUACAGUGGAAGUUUGGAGACACGUGGUUGGCCAAAGUUACCAGAGGAUGCUCAAAACUAGAAGCUCAUGGGAUCUUUAAAGACAGUCUCUCUUUGGAUAGACAAACUGGAGAGCUUACCAUCAAAAACAUCCAGACUGAACAUGCUGGACUCUAUCACCUUCAGAUCCAAAGCACACAGACAAUGUACAAAACGUUCAGUGUUUUGGUGACGCCAUUGACUGCACGCGCAUUAAGGUCUACAACUAUUUGAGUUUUGUUUUUCUGCACAGCUCAAAGCCACAGAGCAUACUGGAAAGUUACUGUAAUGUGUUUACAUGAGACCAAUCUUGUGGCACUAUAGGUGGAGGGGGUCUAGAACAGUAUUUGCUCGUGUCUAGCGAUCCCAAUGCUCCGCACUGUAAUUAAACAUCUAAAAUGAUCUUUAUUUUUAUGUUUUCGGAGAGGUGCACCUGCUUUGUUACAGACACAUCUGAAGCAUGCAUGCUAAGAUGUACUCAGGCAGCCUGCGCUUCCGAUACACACAGAACUACACUAUUUAAAAAUGUUUUAUCUCUAUACAAGAAUUCACACAGACUUUAUCUGAUGUGUUAAAUCUUGUGUAAAAAUAUAAAUGUAACAUUAUAACCCUUGCAAAGGCCUGACUCAAUGUCAAACAAUAAAAGAAACAAACAAGUUCAAAAAAAUUCUUAUAGAUAUUGGUUUUGACUUGCUGUGUGCCAAAUCUAUUGGUAUUACCAUGAUAUUAAGGUAUGGUUGGAGCGAUCCAACAAAUCAAACAUCAUUUUGAAGGUUUUUGAACAGAAAAAAAACUAAUUUUUGAAAGUUUUCACAUUGCGUUUCAAUUUGCCUGGAGGGUUUACAUUUUUAAUAAUGUAUAAGAUUGUGCUGUUUUAAUAGAACACUUAAAUCACCUAAAGAAACCUUUUUGAAAGAAAUUGUUUUGAAAGCACAUAAGUGGUAUUAAAAGGAUUCGUAAAGAAAUGUGUUUUAUUAGGGCUGUGAAUUUAAUGCAUUCAUUGUAAUGCAGGCAUAAUGGAAAAAUAACGGGCAUGAAUUUUUUUUAUUU